GACAAGUUUUACACAAAUUUUCAAAUAUUAAUGAAAACAAAAGGAUUGACAAUAAGUUUGCCAUCAAUUCAUGUCUUCAUCCCAUUGAUCACCACUUAAUCGGACACUGAAUCCAUAUAAUCACCGAAAUUAUGGAGCAAAAGAGCGAAAUCGACGAAAACGACACCAACGGCGAGGAGGAGGACGAAGAGAUGUCCACCAAUGGAGACAAUCAACAGAUGACGUCCGACAACAGCGACAAUCAGUCGAUGUCUGUGUCACACGUGGGACGCAAACCACUCAAUGGUAUGCCCUGUAGUCUGAAGACAUUAGUCAACGACAAGAUACUGGAGCCGAAGGACGGAUCACUUUCUAUUGAAUACAUGGGCGCUAAGUUUAUGGCAGACCUGUUGCCCAACGGAUCCAUUCGGCUGACGGAGACGAAGCAGGUGUUUGUGAGCCCUUCCUCGUGGGUAAACCACUGCCGAAAGCUGGUCAGCGGUGACGCCAAACUGGGCAGCGCCUGGUCUACCAUCAGAUACGACGGCAAACGUCUCGACUCUUAUAAA